UGAUAAAUGCAAUUUUAACAGAAAUUAAUGAUAAGUUAGAAUUUGCAAAUACACUAAUACUAGAAUGAUUUUAUUUUGCGUUUUUUUAACAACUGAAUUGCUUUUCCUCAUCACAACGGACUUCAGUCACGAUUUUGUCUACAAGAUAAAAGUUUUUCAUAUAAUUUUUUUUUUAAAAAAAAUCUUUGGUUAAAUUUAUUUUGUAAGAUGCCACUUCAAUAAAGUUUGCUCUAUAAUAUGUGGAAAAACCUUCAAUAACCAUUAAAACAAUCCAUUAUGCUAUAGUAGUUUAAAUCCCAAAAACUGAAAUAGUACGUAAAUAGUCACAGAGUUUAUUCAACUAUGUUCUUUUAAUCAAGUUUGGUAUCGAAAGGACUCAAUUCUAAACAUAUUUUCACACAUAUUAAUAGAUUGUUUUGUUUUGUUUUUAUGGUGUGUCCCUCUCCUGUCCCGAGCAGCCAUGUGGAGUGAACUGUUGUCUUGCCUCGUAACUCAUAAGACUCCAAAUUGUCUAUAAGACUCCAAGUUGUUGCGUUAAACGUUGGUCCCAUUCUACUCUCCUUGAUCUUGAUUGUUUUAACGGGCUUUUCUUGAGGGGUAUCAAUUGAUGGGCCUUUGGCCCAUUAUGGAAGCACAAUUUAGAUAACAGAAUCUAUCAUGUCAGCUUCCUACCAACGUUUUUAACUGUUUUUUAUUAGGUAAAACACUAAAGAAUACUCAAGUAGAAGUUAUUUAAAUGCUUUUCUUUUGUUUGUAUAGGGAUGGUACAACGAAUAGAGUGAGUAAAACACAAGUCACACUUGCCAAAACGUGUCUUUGACCUACGAUUACGACAUCCCCUUUCCAUGUCAGAAUUAAUAUUAGUAUUCUACAACGUUUGUUGGCACGUGAAAAUUGUGUUGUUCUUAAUAGUUUAUCUCUCUUUUCUUUAAAGGGAAAUGAUUAAUUUUAAAACCCAGGGAGCUUAUGCUUUAUUCCUUCAGAUAAUUAAUUACAAAAUAAAUUCCAUACCUGAGAAAAUCUUGAAUAGACCCGUCCUUGUUUUAACGAAUCUUAGUUAGUUUCUAUUACUUUUGUUGACUUCCACUAUUGUGUCGCGCGUUGUAAGUAUUUCUAAUAUAUGCAUAACCUUUUUUCUAAUAUGUAAUGUUGAAUAUUCAAAAGGUUAAGAUUUGAUAUUGACAAGUUAAAAAGAUGAUCGACUAAAAAUUACUAUUUAAUUUACAUUCAAGUAAACCACUGUUUCAUUUAUUCCAAGAUAUGAAUGAAUUUAAUUUUUAGUUUUUAUUUAAUUACAGAAGUAGAACGAUUCUAGAAGGAAAAAAAUAAAGGAUAAAUUUUGCCAAAAAAAGAUAAAGAGAAAUAACACUUUUACACAAAACUAAUUUCUUACAAUUUUCGAAUAUGUGUUAUAGUUUAUCGUUUUGUUACAAUUCGGGAUCCUAGUAAUCAAUGAACACGAGUAUUAAACAAACAAACAAAAAUCCACGAGCAAGAUGAUCGUUAUAAAAAUGAUUAUUAAUACAAAAAGAAAAGAAAAAGUGUUGAAAAAGACAAAGACUAAAAGUCAAAACAAAAUCAAUAACUAAAUAUUUUGUCACGUUCUAUUUUAAACAACGAGGGAAAAAAACGAAGCUUCUGAGAGCUUAAACCUCUCUCUAUAUCUCAAACUCAAAGAACCUUCCAUGGACCUUCUUCAACUCCUCCUAGAUCCGUACCUUUAUAAAUCUUCUCCGCAAGUGUGCUUUCCACUUCAUUCUUCAGCAGCUUUCACUCUCUAAAACCUUCUCUCUGAUCCAGAAGCACUCACAAGUCCAUUAAUUAAGAGAUUAAGACUAAAAUCAUCAAAUCAUCAAAUGUCAGGUUUUGAUUACAGCGACUUAACAAGCUCAGCUGAUUCCGUUACUAACGGCGUUAACCCGCCCGUUUUCUACCGGAACCCGAGCUUCAGCAACGUCAUCUUAAACGACAGCUGGAGCGAUCUGCCGUUAAGCGUCGACGACUCGCAGGACAUGGCGAUCUACAACACUCUCCGCGACGCCUUCAGCUCCGGCUGGACCCCCGCCGUCCCUCCCCCGGCGGUUGCGGAGGAGGUGAAACCAACGACGGCGACGGCGACUGCGGCGGCGAGCGGAUCGCGAGCCCCGGCGAGGCAGAAGGGAAUGCAGUACAGGGGAGUGAGGAGGAGGCCGUGGGGGAAGUUCGCGGCGGAGAUAAGGGAUCCGAAGAAGAACGGAGCUAGAGUCUGGCUCGGGACCUACGAGACGCCGGAGGACGCGGCGGUGGCGUACGACCGAGCGGCGUUUCAGCUCAAGGGAUCGAAAGCGAAGCUGAACUUUCCGCAUUUGAUCGGGACUUGCGAGUACGAGCCGGUUAGGAUCAGGCCUCGCCGUCGCUCGCCGGAGCCGUCUGUUUCGGAUUACUCGUCGCCGGAGCAGAAGAGUGUGGGACACGUGGAGGAAGGGGAGUCUAGCUUCGUUGUGCCCGAGUUGGGCUUCACGGUGGAUCAGUUAUAUUCGGAUGGUAGUUAUUUAAUGGAUCAAUCUUCUUAUUUGUAUUUUUGAUAAUUGUUAAUGAUUUUAAUUAAAUAAAAGAUUAUCACUGAGUAAAAAUUCA